AUGGAAGGCAGAAGCACCAGCCUGUGUUGGCUUGUUGUUGCUGUGCUUUCAUGGGCUUGCUCUGGGAAAGAAGGCCUCGCGGCACCGACGGUUCUCGCUGAUAUCCCUGCGGAUUCCGGCGCAUUCCUCCUGCAAGCGGAAGCUACUUCUUCGCGCAAAGAGUCGCCGGAAAAUGUCAGUGAUGAAGUGGCCCUCGAACUGGCUGGUGACCUUCUCCAUCCCCUGAGUACAGCGCUUGGCGACCUGAGUUGGCCACAUUGGGGCAUCCUGUCGCGGAAGUUCUGGCAGUGUGGCCUUCACUGGUUCCUGGCUAUUCUGGCUGGAGCAGCUACCGGUCUACUGCUGGUCCCAGCUGUCUUUCUUGCCUUGGCGCUGCUUGGUUUUACGACAGGCGGUGUCCUUGCUGGAUCCUUUGCUGCAUGUUGCCAAGCACGGAUUGGGGCCGUGGCUGCAGGAUCUUGCUUUUCAUUGGCGCAAUCCAUGGCAGCAACAGGAAUGAUGGCUUCAUGCACGCCAUGUGUUGUUGUAUCAACUUCCAUGACAGGCGCCGCUGUCGCAUCCUAUCUCAUGUACAUGAACCACUGUGCGUGGUUCAAUACGGUUUGUUGUCAUGAUGACUGGUGCUGGUGGACAAACAUCACGCACACGCAGUCUUAG